AUGAAUCAGUAUUUAGCUACUCAUGACUCAAGUCUAAACACUUCUUUGUCAAAAUAAAAGUAUUCAUUUCCAAAAGCAUAAAGACAACCUAUACAAAAUAAAACUGCGUAAUCCUAUAUCUAACUUAAUAUAGAACUAAUGAAUUAAGUUACAAAUUACCUUAAUCCUUAAGUACAAGAAUGGCAGGCAUUGGAAUUGGACUUAAGUAUAUCAAGUUCAAAUAUUUAGACAUGAUUUUUCAAAAGAUGCUAAACCAAUUCCAGGUCCAAAUGUAUAUGAAAUCUAAUCAUUUAUUGAGAAUAAUCUUGAUAAGAAGAAGGGAUAAACAUUUGCUUAUAGUAGAGAUUAAAUGAAAGCUCAUGGAAUAUGGGGUUCUUUGAAUUUAAUUUCUCCUGGUCCAGCAAGAUAUGAAUCAGCAAAUUAAAUUGUAGAUUCCAAAUUUACUUUUGGAAUCAAACCAGGAUCUUUAAAAUAGUUUACUACACCUGGUUAUUCAAAUAAAAAUAUUCUUAGGACCUGGAUCUUAUGAAGCUAUUCAAAUUACAAAUCAAAGAGGAAAUUAAUACAUUUCUAAAUUCAGAAGCUCAGGUGCUGCCAUUAUAGGCAAAGAUUAAAAUAGAUUUAAAACCUUAUAGAGUUUCAAAAUUAUUUAAAAAUAGCAUAAAAUAAUUUUCCUGAACCAGCUAGCUAUGAUAUCUCAAAUACAGGUAUUACUGGAAUAGGUUUCUGUCCAAAAAAUGGAUUAAAAUCAACUGUCUAAAAUUCGUUCCCAAAAGCUAUAAGAAAAGGACCAUUUGAUUUAGGAGCCAAAAGUCCUGGUCCUGGAACUUAUAAAUCAUAUUCAGAAUUUGAAUGAUUUUUAAUUUAAAAACAUUAAGUUAAAU